GGGAGGCUCCAGCCGCUCUGCCUGCCUGCCUGCCUGCCUGCCUGCCUGCAGCCAUGUCCAUGUGGCUGACCGCUGCGCUCGGCCUGGCCCUCCUCUCCUAUGCGUACAUCAGGACUUUCCUCCCGUAUUUCUGGGAUGACUGCGUCUCUAUGCUGAGGAGCCUCAAGCUGAGCCUCAGGCUGAUCAGCUACAAGAAGCGCAAACCCUUCUACAGCAUCCUGGAGUGUUUCCUGGACGCAGCGAGGAGACACCCCACCAAGGUCUUCAUCCACUUCGAGGGGCGCUCCUUCUCCUACGCACAGGUGGACAGGCAGAGCAACCAGGUGGCCAGAGCCCUGCAGGCCGAAGCCCGGCUGAAGGAGGGGGACACGGUGGCUCUGUUUCUGCCAAACGAGCCCAACUUCGUGUUGUCUUGGCUCGGUUUGGCCAAGCUGGGCUGCCCGGCCUCUCUGCUCAACUUCAACAUCAGAUCCAAGUCCCUGCUGCACUGCUUCUCCUGCUGCGGGGCCAAAGUGCUGCUCACCUCUCCAGAGCUGCUGGAUGCUGUGAAGGAGGUGCUGCCGACGCUCAGAGAGCAGGGAAUCCGCGUGUUCCUCCUGUCUGACAGCUGCAGCAUUGAAGGCAUCACCGCUUUAUCUGACAAGAUAGCUGAAGCCUCAGACGAGCCGCUGUCCCCUGAGCUGAGGGCCAACAUUCACAUUCGGAGUACGGCUCUCUACAUCUACACGUCCGGCACCACAGGUUUGCCUAAAGCAGCCGUCGUCACCCAUGAGAGGGUGUGGGCGGCCUCCUUCGUCCAGGCGGCGUCUGGAACCACUGCAGAGGACAUCUUCUAUCUCAACCUGCCUCUGUAUCACAGCGCUGGCUUCCUCAUCGGGCUGGCCGGAGGAAUCGAGAGAGGUCUGACCAUCGUGCUGAAGAGAAAGUUUUCCGCCUCUCAGUUCUGGGACGACUGCAGGAAGUAUAACGUGACGGUGAUGCAGUACAUCGGCGAGACGCUGCGUUAUCUCUGCAACAUGCCCAAGAAAGAGAAUGAGAAGAACCACAAAGUUCGAAUCGCCAUCGGGAACGGAGUCCGAGCCGAUGUUUGGAGGGAGUUCCUGAAUCGAUUCGGGGACAUUAAGGUCAGAGAGCUGUAUGCCGCCACCGAGGGCAACAUCGGCUUCAUCAACUACACCUCAAAGAUCGGAGCCGUGGGACGGAUCAAUUUCCUGCACAGGUUUAUCUUUCCCUGCAUGUUGAUCAAGUUUGAUGUUGAGAAGGAGGAACCGAUCAGAAACUCAGAGGGUUUGUGCAUCAAAGCAGAAAUCGGUGAAACUGGGCUCUUGGUGGGAAAGAUAACUCACAGGUCUCCCUUUGUGGGUUACGCCGGCAACAAGCAUCAGACUGAGAAGAAGAGGCUUUACAACGUCCUGGAAAAAGGCGACCAGUACUUCAACACCGGCGACCUGCUUCGGCUCGACCACGAGAACUUUCUGUAUUUUCAGGACCGAGUUGGAGACACGUUCAGGUGGAAAGGUGAAAACGUCGCCACGUCGGAGGUGGCGGACAUCCUCAUGGUGGCUCAUUGCAUCAGGGAGGCAAAUGUUUAUGGCGUUAAAGCAGAAGGUCAUGAGGGACGGAUCGGCAUGGCAGCCAUCACUUUGAGAGAAGGAGAAACCUUUGACCCCACGGACGUCUACAAGCAGGUCGUCUCCUACCUGCCGGCCUACGCAAGACCCAGAUUCCUCAGGAUUCAGCCGUCCCUGGAGAUGACGGGAACGUUCAAGAUGAAGAAGGUGAAGCUGGUGGAGGAGGGAUUCAGCCCUGCUCUCAUUAACGAGCCGCUUUACUUCCUGGAUCCUGACCUAAAGACUUACAGCCCUCUGACAGAAGAGAUCUACGGCCAGAUCAGCUCCGGGAAGGUCAAACUCUAACAGAGACGUGACUCAACGUUUGGUUUUAUUUUAAUUUUUUAAUUGAGGAAUUAACUUCUCAUCCGUUGGACCUUAAUCAACUAAUCUCAGGGAGAAACUUUUGACCCAGCACUUGUUUGUUUAAAGAUUUUCUUUUUUUAUUAACACAUUCACUGCACACCUCUACAGAUGUUUAAUUCAUCAUCCUGAGUGUUUCAGAAUGUUUUUAAAUAAAUCCUUAGAAUAAAAAUA